AUGACUGUCUCUACAACCUCUCUACCCGAACCAUCUUACACUUUCCAAGCUACGGUUGACGCAGCUGGCCCACAAGUGGUAGGUGGUAAGGGUGUUCGCAUCAGCAUUGAAAAAGAAGGGCAAGUCUACGACGAUAUGCUCGACGCAAUUUCAGGCGCUGCCGUUGGCUCGCUCGGCUGGGGCGACGAAGAUGUUUUCGAGAUCAUCAACAACGCAGCACGCAGCUCGACAUAUUCGUACCCUCCUUUGAUCACAAACAAGGCGGCAGAGGCACUUUCCAAGUUCUUCGUUGACAAUUCGCCCAAGGGAGCCUUCGCGGCCGCAUUGUGGUGUUGCUCUGGUUCUGAGAGUAACGAUAAUGCGAUUAGAAUCAUUAGACAAUACUAUUUGGAACGCGGUCUUCCCAACAAGGUGAAGCUCAUCAGCAGAGCCAGCUCUUACCAUGGCUUCACUCUAGGUGCACAGUCUAUUUCCUGGAAUCCAAGGGUUGAUGCUUACGAGCCUUACCUCAUGGAUCGCGAAAAGAUCGUCAUCCAAAUCUCUCCCGCCUACAGCUACCGUUUCAAGAAGGACGCGGAAACUGAGGAAGCCUAUUCUCAACGUUUGAUUGAUGAGCUUGAAAAAAAGAUUUUGGACAACGAUCCUGACACGAUUGCCUCUGUCACUGUUGAAACUUUGCCAGGCUCUUCUUUGGGAACUUGUCCUCCUCCAAAGGGCUACUUGAAAGGAAUUAGAGAUCUCUGCAACAAGUACGACUUGAUUUUCCACUUGGAUGAGGUUAUGUGUGGUACCGGAAGAUCCAACCCUAACGGUAAGUUGCACUGCUGGGAGAACUUCUUGGAGCCAUGCGAUGCUCCAGAUAUUCAGACCGUUGGUAAGACGCUUGGUUCUGGCUACGUUACCAUUGCUGGUGUUUUGGUGGGACCUAAAAUCAGAGAUGUCUACCUCAGCGGCUCGAACAGUGUCGCUGGUGGUCACACUUAUUCUUCCCAUGCCUUCAACUGUGCUGUAGCCUUGGGUAUCCAAGAAAAGAUUAAGAAGGAAAAUUUGACAGCUAACAUCUUCGAGAUGGGUAACCUCAUGGGUCAAAAGCUCAAAGACGCUUUACUCUCCAAGUCUAACAUCGCUGGCGAUGUGAGGGGAAUAGGUGGUUUCUGGUCUAUUGAAUUUGUCAAGGAUAGAGCUACUAAAGAGCCAUUUGAUUGCUCCCUUAAUGUAGGCGGUCGUUUCAAAGCUGUUUGCUUUGACAACAAACUGUGCGUUAUGGGUAUGCCUGGUAACCCUGAUGGAAGUUGCGGUGACCGUGCUUUGCUUGCCCCAAGCUUUAUCAUCACUGAGGAGAUUGUUGAUGAAAUUGUCGAAAAGGUCGUGAAGUCAGUUGAUAUUUUGAGUAAGCAACUGCACGCUGAGGGUGCUUGGUAA